CCUCGCGCAGGCGCCCUAGAGGCGGAGGUGUGGCUGCAGGUCUUCCAGAAAAAUGGAUGAUGACUACUUUGGAGGAUUUGAGGCUGCAGAAAUUUUUUUUAAAGAUGGAAACAGUGAACCCCAGACAACGUCUCCUGCUAUUCCUUGGGCGGUCUUUUCCACAGUGCCUGAAAUUCUUGCACCACCGACAGUUUCAGCCGAGCUGCUUUCGAAACAGGCUCCCGAUGAUGUACCAGCAGACACUCAACUGCCACCCAAUACUUUAAGUGCAGCUGAUCUUAAAGAGAAGCAGCCAGUUGAUCCACCGUUGACUGAAAAUCCAGAAAGAGCAUCUUCCAGUUAUGACGAAGCUGAUACAAAACCAAGGCGAAAUGAUUCUGAAAAGCAUUUUCAACAAACCCUUUCAGCUCUGGAGAGUAAACUUCAAAUGGCAGAUGAGGAAAAAGCUAGAAUAAAAAAGGAGUUAGAAGAUCUUUUGGAAAAACACAGGACUUUGGAAACCGAUUGCAUGAAAGAAAAAGAUGAUAAAUUAAUUUCACAUAAAGAUAUAUACAACAAGCUCCAGGAGAAGCAUAAAGCGGAGUUGGAAGAUUUAAGAAAAGCUGGACACGAGGCCUUGUCUAUUAUUGUGGAAGAAUUCAAGGCCCUGCUGAAGGUCGUGGUGGAUGAACGGGAAAAGUCCUUGGAGAAGCAACAUGUCUCUGCGGUGGAGAAACAGGCACAGAAAUGCGAAGAGCUGCUCAAUGCUCAGCAUCAAAGGCUGCUUGAUAUGUUGGAAGAAGAGCGGAGAAUCUUAGAAGACAAAACCAAAGAAUCCUUGUUGCAACAAUCCCUGGAAUACAAGGAAAUGUUGGAAAAAUGCAUGGAGAAUGAAAGGGAACGUAAUAAGGAGGCUUUGGCAGCUGCAGCAAAGCUUGAAAAAGAGGAUAUGCAGGCUGCCAUCCUAACAGCGGUAACGGCUGAAAGGGAAAGCAUGGAAAAAACGCACGACCAAGAAAAAGAAUUAUGGCAAGCAGAGAGAGACAAAGAUCGUGGGAAGAUUGCUCAAGUGGUAGAAGAAGCAGUGGAACGACAAAAACAGAAAUCCGAAGAAAUGGUAAAAGUAGCAAUCCUAGAAGAACAAAAGAAAAGUGAAAAAGCUGUAGAAGAAGCUGUGAAGCAAACGAGGGAAGAAUUGAUGGAAUACAUCAAGGAGCAGAAAAGACUGGAUCAAGUGAUCCGUCAGCGAAGCUUUUCCAGCUUGGAAUUGUUCCUCUCUUGUGCUCAGAAGCAGCUGAGCUGUUUGCUGCAGGAAGAAGUCACAGUGGCAGAGACAGCAGGACAGAAUCCAUAACGUUGAUCAAUUCUCCCAAAGGCCCUGGAGACCAGCUGGAGAACUAGGAUCCAUCAGCCGGUCACGUUUCUGUUUUGAUUAGAUGUUCAGAAUGUACUGCAGUCCUUGUAAAGCUAACGGUUGUGUGAAAUCUUGUCAACAGCUCCCACAUAAUUUUAACAAGAAAUGCAGUCAUUGACAAAUCUCAGUAAAACAACUUAUUCCCAGAGUAGGUACAUUUGUCAUUUACAAAUCUUUUUUUUUUUUAAUAAUGUUGCACGGAGGGCCGCAUUGCUUUUAUUAUGGAUGUCAUACUUAACUGGCAUUGAUCAAGAGGAAUAAAAUGAUUGUUAAUGCCAGAAAUAGAAGGAGAGCAUCAGCUCUCAUCCAAAUUGAAGACACUAAUUGAAGACGUUUGAAUAACAACUGGAAUUGAAAAGCCUUAUUAUUUAUUUGCAUCUGUUCCAAAAAUGGCCUGUGGCGUUCUCUGCUUUUGUGCCUUUUCGUGGAAAAAAAAAACGCACGUCUUUUCAGUUUUGUAGUUCGUCUUAAGACGUCCUCCAAGCUGGGAAACCCAGAUCUGCUCAAUUAUUAGUUCUCUUGUUCAUGCAAACGUUAAGAUUAUCGCCUUAAUUCAUGCAAGGAAAUAACAAUACUUGAAAGCAGCAACAGGUUUGGGAAAUUGUUUAGUAGCUGUAAAAGCGACUUGAGAACUUGAAGACCUGUGCAUUUCAACUCCCAGAAUUCAUUCACUCCCAGAACCCAUGCUUUCUGGGGGAUUCUGGGAGUUGAAGUCCACGCAUCUGAAAGUUUCCAGGGUUGGGAAACCCUGCUGUAAAGUACAGUAUGGUCUGUAAGGUCAACAAUGUCCCUUAGAUCAGAGGUCACCAACCUUUUCAUGCUGGCAGCCCGGAGGGAAAGGGAGCAGCUGGGAAAUUUGUGUGCACAAAAAGAGGGCCACGUGCAUCCACACGGCGCUAGGGACCCCAUUUGCGCAGAUGCUAGCUGUUGCCGCUAGCUCCACGCACAUGCGCAAACGGGUCCACUACCCGGUGGCCAGUAAGCCACAGCCCAGUAGUAGGCCAUGGCUCAUAGGCUGGGGACCCCCUGCUUUAGAUUGUAAACUGAGUUCCAUGAAACUUUCUGAUUUCUCAUGACAUGGUGAUUUGUUGAAGAUUUGAAGAAGAUGUUGAAUGUUUUAAGCUAGAGGUCCUCAACAUUGUAGUAAAAUUCUAGUGAUAGCGCCUCCGAGGGCAUCGGAGGCAUAGAGGAUGAGUUGGCCUCUGCCUGGUAUGUCCACACCGGCUUUGAAAUGACGCAAUCAACGUACAGAAAUGGAACACUCUCUGAAAUUUCCACAGCUUUUUGCCGAUGUGUAAAAGGAACGGAGGAGCUAGUAGUGAUGUAAUUAUUCACUUUGGGGUAUACAUUUUAAUUUUUUCCCCUGCCUUUCGCAAUACACUACAUGUUAACGAUUUACAGGAUGAAAUAAUUGAGCCACUUUUAUGCUUGUUACUGUGAAAAUCAUUCUUUACCAAAUAAUCCCGUGUCCAGUAUAUUUCUUCAGGGAGUCUUUUUAAGGGUAUGUACGAAGUGUGUUUGUGUGUAUGCGUUUUCUUCUCUGAACUCUGAACCCCCACCUGCCAAGUUCACUUUGUGCUACGGCAGGCCACAUUGGGUGAGCAAGAGCUGGCAUGCAACGGUCAGAAAGAGUCCUGCGUUGCAGGUCCACCCAAGAAUCUCCCAGGGAUGAGUGAACAGUUGGAAUAAGACGAUGGAACCACAAGGUCUUGUGCAGGAUCCUUUCCUGAGCUAAUUGGGAGGAUCUUGAUGGUGCCAUCAAAUUUCACAGUGCUUCUAAUACCAACAUCUGUGUAGAGAUUGUUCAAUAAAGAGCAGUUCAGGACUUCAUUUCCAUGACAGUAACUAUACUGAGUUUUCUGUGAAAUGGAUUUGGUAACAGGAACGGUAGAAAAGAAAGCCCUGGCCUUCAGAAAACUGCAGGGGCUGUAGAUAUUAGGGUACUUUGCUUCAUCCUUGACCCAACAUCUUCAGACUUUAUAUGUCCUUUAGUAGUCAGCAGGCUCCUGAAUCUGGCCACCUCUCUAUAGUCAAAAUGAAGGAUUCCAGGUAUACAGGUCAGCGCAGUGGUGAGAAUGCGGUAUUGCAGGCUGACUGCCUACUGCCAGAAGUUUAAUCCUCACCAGCUCAAGGUUGACUCAGCCUUCCAUCCUUCCGAGGUUGGUAAAAUGAGGACCCAGAUUGUUGGGGGCAAAUAGGCAAACCGCGUAGAGAGGGCUGUGAAGGGGUAUAUAAGUCUAAGUGCUAUUGCUAUUUAAGCUGUGGCAGCUCAGUGGCAGCUCAGUGGUGAGAAUGCAGUACUGCAGGAUGACUCUGCCUAUUGCUAGGAGUUUGAUCCUCACCCGGUCAAGGUUGACUCAGCCUUCCAUCGACUCAGCCUUUUACCGACGUUGGUAAAAUGAGGACCCAGAUUGUUGGGGACAAUAUGCUGACCCUGUAAACCAAUUAGAGAAUGCUGUAAGGCACUAUGGAACAAUAUAUAAGACCCAGGACUAUGAUGUGUCUGCUAAUAUUGCUUUCUGUUUUUUGCCGGAACUCAUCUUUUGGAAAUUUACCUCUUUCUUUAACCUGGUUGACAAUUUUUUUCCUGUUCUUCCAAGAUGUAACAUUCUACAUAAGAUAAGAAGGGUUUGUGAUGGUUUCUCCGCUUUGGAGACGAGGAUCUGCAAGGUGGAUCAAAAUUUCGAAUUAUGGACUGUCCAUCCAGAUUUAUCCCUGUUUCUACACACUUUGAUUGUAUGGACACUGAUGUAUUCGUGAACUUUUUGACUUUCCCUUUGAAAUAAUCCUGUUUGGAUUUAGUUCCAGAUUAAUUAGCCAGAAACUCAAGAUUCAUUUGUUGGACACCAAUUCAUCCCCUGACUUGACAUUAUUAUGUUUGGUUGCACAAUCAGUCAGAUGUUUAGAUAAUAAUAAGAAGAAGAAACAUGCAGGACAGAUAAAUGUUUUGCAGUGGUACAUACUGUGCGUGCAAAUUGCAGUUGUGAUCUGCAUUUCCUCUCUGUUCCUUUCUAGGAGAGAAAAAAUGCAGAGGCCCAUAAAACUGUCCUAAAAAAUAGCAAGUGUUCUGGGUAAUUUAGAACAUCGUCUUUUUAUAAGGAAUCCAACAUUUGAUUUGAAGCUGCAUUUAGAAAAUAAAAUUUUGUGGUUUUUA